AUGACUUUUAAAUUCGAUGUGGCUACUUUCAAUAAAACGCUUCUUUAUUCAGGGAUUGUUAUAUUGGGAUUAACUUUUGCAGAACCUUAUUUAAGGGAGUUGGACUUUGGUUUUUUCUCAGGAGGAUCAAAAGAAUCAAAGGCCAGGCAAAACUUACAAUGGAAACGAUUGAUCGAAAAGAACCCAGAACUGAAGGAUCUAGAGUUGAAUUCUUAUGAAAAGAGCGUUUUAACAUCUGUAAUUACCUCUGAAGAGAUUGAUAUAAGUUUUAAAGAUAUUGGUGGCCUGGAAUCGAUAAUUUCAGAUUUACAUGAAGGUGUCGUAUACCCUUUAAUGUUACCUGAAUUAUAUGAAAAUAAUCCAUUACUACAAGCACCAAGUGGUGUUCUCUUAUAUGGACCACCAGGUUGCGGUAAGACAAUGCUGGCCAAAGCAUUAGCCAAAGAAAGUGGAGCUAAUUUUAUUUCUAUAAGAAUGUCUUCAAUCAUGGAUAAAUGGUAUGGUGAAUCAAAUAAAAUAGUCGAUGCCAUUUUUUCAUUGGCAAAUAAAAUCCAACCUUGUAUGAUAUUUAUUGAUGAAAUUGAUUCAUUUUUAAGAGAACGUACAUCAACAGAUCACGAAGUAACAGCUACUUUAAAGGCCGAAUUUAUGACUCUUUGGGAUGGUUUAGUUAGCAAUGGCCGUAUUAUGAUAGUAGGUGCUACUAAUCGUAUAAAUGAUAUCGACAGUGCCUUCUUGAGAAGGUUACCUAAAAGGUUUCUAAUUAGUUUGCCUGAUAAAGAGCAACGUCUCAAGAUAUUAAACGUACUAUUAAAAGACACCAAAUUAGAUAAGAAAGAUUUUGAUAUAGAAUUUAUCGCAAGUAAUACAAGUGGAUUGUCAGGUUCUGAUUUGAAAGAACUUUGUAGAGAAGCUGCAUUAAAUGCGGCAAAGGAAUAUAUUAGACAAAAAAGAGAAUUAAUGAAGAAUUCCAAUGAUGAAGAAGUUACAAACAAAAAAAUUAAGAUGAGACCAUUGAAAACUUCAGACUUCAUCGCUAAUAUGAAAAAUGAUGCAAGGCAAACCGUUUCUUCAACAUCGCUAGAUUAG